AUGCUAAGGCUUGUGAAUGCCAGAGGGCUUGGAUCUCAGCUAAAGGACAGUAUUCCAGUUACUGAACUUUCAGCAAGUGGACCUUUUGAAAGUCAUGAUCUUCUUCGAAAAGGUUUUUCCUGUGUGAAAAAUGAACUUCUGCCCAGUCAUCCUCUUGAAUUAUCGGAAAAAAAUUUCCAGCUCAACCAAGAUAAAAUGAACUUUUCCACACUGAGAAACAUCCAGGGUCUAUUUGCUCCACUAAAGUUACAAAUGGAAUUCAAGGCAGUGCAGCAGGUUCAGCGUCUUCCAUUUCUUCCAAGCUCAAACCUUUCACUGGAUAUUUUGAGGGGUAAUGAUGAGACUAUUGGAUUUGAAGACAUUCUUAAUGACCCGUCACAAAGUGAACUAAUGGGAGAACCACACUUGAUGGUUGAAUAUAAGCUCGGUUUACUGUAAUGCAGUGUGUGCUGUUCAUGGAAAUAGAGGGGCUGCUUCUUGUUUAUAUAGUUGUCUUUUUACUCUGAUUUGAUGUGCACAACAUUAAAAGUACUGACACCUGAGAAUUUUUGCCUAAUUAGUAUCUGUGAUCAUUUGAAAUUAUUUGAGUCUUUGGUUUAAGGCCAUGUGGUAAUUGAAAGCACUAAAGGGAGGAGAUUUUAAGACUCCUCAUUUAUAUUAAAACAGUAGCCUUCUACGUCUUUAAAAAAAUGUUGCUAGUUAAUAUUAUAAAACCAUCCACGGGUUCCAGUUCAGUCUGUUUCCUAGUUAUUCCAUUUGAAUAACUAUCAAUAUUUGAGUCUGCAGCUUCACAGUAGCAUUUUUCAGAAUAAACUUUUGUAGUUGAUUUUGGUGGCAACACUUCAAAGUAAGUACAAAAUAAAAGUAUUAUAUUUUACCUUGUUUCAGUAUAUAGUCCAUUAAUACUCAUAGGGAUAAUAUUUGCUGUACUGAUGCUACUUUAUAAUUAUAACUAUAUUCUUUGAUUCUUUCAUGUUGAAAAGUGUAAGUUCAGAGGUUUUGAUUUUGGUCUUUAAAUUGAAAAAUAAAAGAACAAACAUACUGAUUAAACUGUGGUACUGCUUAGGUUUAUACAUCAUGAGAUGCUUAAGUUAAAAAAAAUAGAACAUUCAUGUACACACAUAUCCAUGAGCAAACUCCGUAAUAACUUACUUAAAAAUAAAUCUUCACCAUGGCUGUUCUUUCUUAAUAAGGUAUUUAUUAUGUAUACAAAAAUUAAAGAUUACCAAUUUCUCAGGAACGUUUUGAUUGUAUAAGUCAUUGAUUUACACUUGAAGGCAGUAUUGCCCCUCCCUCCGUGGGUAUGGGAACAUUUGACAAUGUCUAGGGAAGUUUUUGGUUGUCACAAUUUUGUAGGGGAGGGUUUCCAACUGGCAUCUAGUGCGUGGAGGCAGGGAUGUGCUAAAUUCUACAAUAAAAAUGGCUCCUGAUUGUUGGAAUUAAGUUUAAAACCAUCUUUGUCAACACAAUAUUUGCCAACUAAUUUUACACUUAAAUUAUGAGACAAUGUAGACAUAAUGAAGUUUCACUAAUCGAUUGUUUCUAAAUUUGUUCUCUUUCAGCUAAUUAGCAAAGUUGAAGAUUUUUUUCCUGUACCAUAGUUUUAGGAAUAAUAGAUACUCUUCCUGACCAGUAGAGGGUACUGUUAAUUUAAUGAGCAUAGUUUAAGUGGAAAAGCUGACGCUUUAAACACAGAAAUUGGUAAUCAUGGUUAGUGCUUAUUUUCUGAAGGUCUUUUUGCUUUCCCCCCUCUCCUUUUCCUCUUUACCUUCUUUGUAUUUAUACUUAUGCUCCUCAUCCCUGGAUGCAUGUAAAAUCACCUGGAAAUCUUGUGAAAAAAUUGUGGCAGGGUCUGAAUCUCAGAAAUCCCAGUAGAACUAGUCUGAGGUGGAUCCCAAGAUGUCUAUUUGGAAAAACUCUCCAGGGUUUAGAACCUUUGGUUUAUAUGCUUGCUUUCCUUUGUCGCUUGCUUUUGCUUUUAUAUUAGUGACAUUCAUUAGCAUCAAUUAAUUCUUCUGAUGUAGAUGUACCUUGGUGCUGAAAAAUUUGCUACUGUUUCUUCCUCUGCAAUCUACAGUGUUUGCCUGGAGUUGGAUAAUUCAGGUUCCCUCAUAAGGCUCAGUUGUAGGUUCAUCUUGAGAUACUUUGCCUAGGUGCUAGACUCUUCAAUUAGGCAUUUUUAUUGCAGUGAUGCUGUGAUUUAAUUUCAAUUUUGAUUUUUUUUAGGAAUUAGUAUUUUCCUUGUCUGUUUUGUUUGUGAAAUACUAAUCUUUGAGUUAAAGAGGUAUUUCACAGGUUGAUGCUUGUUUAAAAUUAAUAUUAACAUUAAAAUGAUAAAAUUCAAAUAGAAAAGAUACAAAAUACUUAAUGAGAGCACAACCUAUUCUAUGUUAAGGGUUUUAGUAUAUAUAUAAGAAUAAGGGAAUUUGUGAGUUUUAUUGUCUGGAAGUGUUGAGUGGGUUGGCAAACAAUUUAGCACUGUUUGGCACAUCAUGGGAUGGUUCUUUCACUAAACACACCUCUUCACUUCUACCCUCUGUACUAAAUAUAAAUGAUAGACUUCCUGGUUUUUAUUCAUUUUUCUUUUUGCAGUGGGUGUUAUCCCUCUUUCAAGAGUACACAAAAUAUAGCCCAGUGCUUUCCUGCAUUUUGUUAUUCCUUUGAAUGCAGACAUUUCAAGAAUGUAAAAGAUGAUCUAAAUAAGUAGAUUACUUUUGAAAAGCUGAAAGACUGUGUAGUGUAUUAUCUUCCACUGGAAUCUCCAAUUGGGUGAAUCUAAGUUUAUCUAAAUUUUGACUUACUGUUUCAAUAAAGCAAAACCAAAAA